AUGAUUGAUGGGAUUGCAAAGAAUGGACAACUACAUGAAGCUGUAGCUUAUUUCUGUAUUGAGAAAGCUAAUGAUGUUAUGUACACCGUGCUUAUUGAUGCUUUGUGCAAAGAAGGAGACUUUAUAGAAGUUGAGAGAUUGUUUAGCAAAAUUUCAGAGGCUGGACUUGUUCCGGAUAAGUUCAUGUACACUUCUUGGAUAGCUGGUUUGUGUAAGCAAGGGAAUUUGGUGGAUGCUUUUAAGUUAAAAACCAAAAUGGUUCAAGAGGGUCUCGAGCUUGAUUUGUUAACCUACACAACAUUGAUUUAUGGGUUAGCUAGCAAGGGAUUGAUGGUCGAGGCUAGACAAGUUUUCGAUGAAAUGUUGAGAAUUGGAAUAUGCCCUGAUUUGGCUGUUUUUGAUCUACUGAUUAGAGCUUAUGAAAAGGAGGGAAACAUGACCGCUGUUUCGGAUUUGCUUCUCGAUAUGCAUAAAAGAGGGCUUGCAACAGCAGCAUCAUCAGCAGCUGUUGUGUUCUCAAAUAUGGGCAAAUAUAGUAAAGGGCAUUUGUAA